GAGCACCAGUCUCCACGACAAGGACAGAGACCCACACACAUCGAUGAUCGAACAGCAGAGUCUUUGAGUUCCCGUCCCUCUGAUAUUUGAAACCCAAAAGCCUCGCCAGCCUCUGUUCUACAUCACACCCAGUUCCGCAUUCAUUCGCAUGGGACUCUUCAUCUCCACCAUGCUCUCUUUUCUUCUUCUUCUUUUCUCUCAGCUCUUCCUUUCCUUCACCCUCUGCUUAGCUUCAACGCCAGCUGUUAUAUUACCUCUUAAAACGCAGGUCCUUCCUUCUGGGUCAGUUCCUAGACCUUCUAGCAAGCUCUCUUUCCACCACAAUGUGUCCUUAACGGUCUCACUCACAGUUGGCUCUCCUCCACAAACCGUCACCAUGGUUCUUGACACUGGAAGCGAGCUCUCAUGGCUUCACUGCAAAAAAGCCCCAAACUUGCACUCUGUUUUUGACCCACUUCGCUCUUCCUCAUAUUCACCUAUUCCUUGUACUUCACCCACUUGCCGAACCCGGACCCGUGACUUCUCCAUACCCGUUUCUUGCGACAAGAAAAAGCUCUGUCACGCCAUAAUCUCCUACGCCGACGCCUCCUCCAUUGAAGGCAACCUUGCCUCCGAUACUUUUCAUAUCGGAAAUUCGGCCAUACCCGCCACGAUAUUCGGGUGCAUGGAUUCUGGGUUUAGUAGUAACUCGGAUGAAGAUUCCAAGACUACCGGUUUGAUUGGUAUGAAUAGGGGGUCUCUCUCUUUCGUUACCCAGAUGGGCUUGCAGAAAUUUUCCUACUGCAUAUCGGGCCAGGACUCAUCCGGUAUCUUACUCUUCGGAGAAUCGAGUUUUUCGUGGCUCAAGGCCUUAAAGUACACUCCACUAGUUCAAAUAUCGACUCCGUUACCGUACUUCGACCGAGUUGCGUACACGGUUCAGCUUGAGGGUAUUAAAGUAGCAAAUUCGAUGCUACAGUUGCCAAAAUCGGUUUAUGCACCGGACCAUACCGGAGCGGGUCAAACUAUGGUCGACUCCGGAACUCAGUUCACGUUCCUUCUCGGCCCGGUUUACACCGCUUUGAAGAACGAGUUCGUGAGGCAGACAAAAGCGUCGUUGAAAGUUCUGGAAGACCCCAACUUCGUAUUCCAAGGAGCAAUGGACUUGUGCUACCGAGUUCCCCUGACUCGUCGGACUUUGCCUCCUUUGCCAACCGUGACACUGAUGUUUCGGGGGGCCGAAAUGAGCGUAUCGGCCGAAAGGUUAAUGUAUCGGGUACCGGGCGUGAUAAGGGGAAGUGAUUCAGUGUACUGCUUUACGUUUGGUAACUCUGAACUAUUGGGUGUGGAGUCGUACAUCAUUGGGCAUCAUCAUCAGCAGAACGUGUGGAUGGAGUUCGAUCUGGCAAAAUCAAGGGUUGGAUUUGCAGAGGUUAGGUGCGAUCUAGCUGGUCAACGACUAGGAGUAGGUGUCUAGGUGUUUGAAGUUGUUGCUAUGUGUACAUGGCCUAAUAUGAUGUUUUAGGUCAUGGAUCAUGGGCCAGUGCCAAGAAGAAUAUGGCCCAUGAUUCGACAGUAUUGCCCGAUGAGCUGCCAAAGGUGUACAUACCAAGAUCAUAAUGAAGUUUGGAAAAAUUGUGUUUUGGAUUA